AUGGAGGAUGCUCUAAGUAACGCAUCCUCCUUUUCUGAUUCGCAGGAAACAGACACGAAUCUGGGGUCAUCAGAGCCUGCUAUAUCGUCAGCAUCAGUUACUCAUUAUCAGAAUAAUCGUCAUUUGCAUAGUAACCACGAAGAAAGUAUCAGUCACACGAAAGAGGGUAAGCAGGAUCCCGAAUAUUUAGCCGAUAUCAAACCACUGCAGUUUAAAAUGGUACGGGACCACAGUAGGGAAGCCGAUUUUAUUUCAGGAGAGCAGCAUCGCACUAACGACAGGGAAUCGAAGACGAACGCGGGGAAGAAGAGACCAACUUUGAAAAGUACCGAUUCAGACGAAUUGUUUUCAAAAGUGAAGGCGCAGUUGCACCAAGGUCCAGACACAGCAUCGAACAGGUUUUCCGCGUUCAACUUUAUCGAUAUGGACCAAUUUGAGGAUUACCUAAGAGAACCAUCGUAUAUCAAAACUUUGAACAGAUCCAAAACUAUCAAACAGUUUAGAAGACUGUUCCUCGCACAAGAGUUAAAGGUCCCAGAUGAUUCUGACUACAUAGGGAAACACUACAGUGGCCAUGUAGAGAACGGGAGGUUGGCGAUUGCGAGUUCCAAUAACGGUAGGCCGCGCUCCACUCUUCAAACAGAUUCUCCAGUGCUUUCACCUAAAGUCUCGGCAGAAUCUGCAGCCAGGUCGAAGGCUGUCUGGACGUCGAAAUUUAGUCUUGACGGGAGGUACAUGUCCGUGGGAGGUAAAGACGGUGGAAUCAGUCUCUGGAAAGUAUUGAGUAGCCCCGUGGAGAGGUGGGAACUACAAUCUACUUUAGAAUCCCAGAGUAGUAUGUUGAGCAAAGCAUUGAGACUGACGACUUCCCCUAGCUCAUCGCCGAGAAUAAGUUCAGCAGUAGGGAACAUGGAGUCCCACAGCAUCAACAAGGGUGCCGAAAAUAUUAACCUGUAUGGUCCUGUCUUCAAUCCCAAUCCGACACAGGUGUUCAGAGAGCACGGGCAUGACGUUUUAUCGUUAGACUGGUCGAAAAACAACUUUCUGAUUUCUGGGUCUAUGGAUACAACUGUAAAGCUGUGGCAUCCAGAUCGAAAGACGUCUUUAAAGACUUUUCCUCAUCCAGAUUUUGUGACCUCCGUCGUGUUCCACCCUAACGACGAUAGAUUUUUUGUCAGUGGGUGCCUGGACCAUAAGUGUAGAAUUUGGUCCAUUUUAGAUAAUGAGGUGACCUACGAAUUCGACUGUCGAGACCUUAUCACAUCCGUGGCAAUAUCGCCAGGCCCUGGCAAAUACACAGUCGUGGGGACAUUCAACGGAUACGUCCAUGUGCUACUGACUAGAGGACUGGAGCAUGUGGGAACUUUUCAUGUAACAGACACGCGGACGCAAUCCAUACAUUCAAAAGCUGUUUUCCCUUCGGAGUUUUUAAAGACACACAAAGGACCAAGAGUCACUGGUAUUGAGUGCUUUAUAUCACCAACUGACAAAUCGUUAAGGGCACUAAUAUCUUGUAACGAUUCCAGAGUAAGAAUUUUCGAUCUGGAAAGGCAGCAAAUGAUUGAAACUUUGAAGGGUCUCCACACCGAGCAGGCAUCACAUAAGGCGCAUUUAUACACACGGAACGGUAAACCGCCACUAGUCGUUAGCAGUAGCGAUGACAGUUGGAUCUAUGCGUGGAACAUGAAGUCAUACGUUGAGCCAUCAAGUCAAAAACAGACGGAUGAGACGGACGCUGAAUUUGAAGGCGGCUCGGCACAGGGAAGACCGCUUAAUAUGACCCGAUCUGGUAAUUUCAGAAAGCUAAUAAACAAAUCUCUGAGUAGAUCAUCUAGCUUGAAGAACAUGAAGGAUUACGAUACAGAUGGUAGCAGCGAACGCCAUCAUGUAUUGGGCAUCUCAUCAACAAAACAAAACCCGCACACCAUUAAGAAUUCACGGUACAUAUGUUUCCAUGCGCACCGUAAUCCUAUCACAACCGCAAUAAUUGCACCUACCGAGUCCUCAAAGCUUUUGUCACUUUCCAACGAUUUUAUCUGUGAACUAUGCAUGGAGUUUUCGGACAGGAACUCCGCUUCAGCCGCUGACAAGAAAUAUUCUUCACUUGCAGACGGUGCCAACGGAGAAUCUGGGGUGUUCAACGCUGUGAACGCUAUUGGGACAAUUCUUAUCAGCACUGACGCGUCAGGGACAAUCCGUGUAUUCAGGUCAGAUAUCCCUACACGAAUUCGGAACAGAGUGUUGCAAAAACUGCAGGAAAGCAACCUUGAAUCUCAUAGACAUGCCCACAGUUCCGCGUCUUUGUCCUCUUUGAGCAGAAAUAACAGCUUUCACGGGUCUAUAUCGUCCAUGAUGAGAGCUCACUCGUACAGUAGUUUACCUCAUCUGACCAACACCGCCAGAAGCAACAUGGGCAGUAGGUGCAGUUUUUCAAAACCAAGGGCGUCUUUAUCUAGGUCUCCAUCUUGUAACAGCCACAAGGACCUGUUCCACGGAACUUUGACCCCCAUUUAUUCAGGCUCCAAAAGGGAUUUGACUGUGCAACCAAACGGGACUGUAUCGCCACUAACACUCAAUGACUCUCACCACAACCUGAGCGCCCUAGUUGGGUACAAAUGUGACGUUUGUCAGGGAACAUCCUUCGCCCAGACUUCCAAAAGGGGCCAGGGCAAACGCGAUAGCGGGGCGUAUUUUUGCCAGGAUUGUGGUACCGUUCUUAACAACUUUAGGUAA